AUGCAGAACGACCAGGGCCAAGUCGUCGACCUCUACGUCCCGCGCAAGUGCAGCGCCACGAACCGCCUCAUCAUCGCCAAGGACCACGCUUCGGUUCAGAUCAACGUUGCCGAGGUCGACGAGUCGGGCAAGAUGACUGGCUCGAACGUCACCUACGCGUUCUGCGGCUCGGUCCGUGAGACUGGCGACGCCGACGAGUCCCUUAACCGACUCGCCACCCAGGACGGUCUUCUCAAGAACGUCUUCCAGUACGCCCAGUAA